GGGCAUCAUCGUUCGUAGACGAAGCGGUGUUGCAGGUUUAUGUUUGUGUAGGACAUAAAUGCGGUGUCAGCUGUCAUCCAACUUGUACAAACCGAAUGGGCGUAUUUAGUGCAAAAUGAAAACAUACAUGGUCUCAACACCGAUCAGGUGCUUUUAGGCACUGACAAUGAAUAUCAUGAGAAAGUUAAGGGGUGGAGGGACCAAUGCUCCCUCCGCCUCUUCAUCAGACAUAUCAGACGCCGCCCCUGGAUCUCCUCACACUCAACUGGGUCUUAUGCACUUAAAAAAACUCUUCUCAGAAUAUACGCACCCGUCGCAUCCAUUAACCGACCAAGAAAGGGAUGACAAACUGUACAACAUGCUCCCUUUGUUUUGCAAGGUUUUUGGCUCUAGUCCAACAUGUGACAUGAAUGAGAAAUUCUGGGACAUCCUAGCGUUCUGCCAUCAAGUCUCCCUGUUGAUGGUUUCUGAAAUCAGAAAGAGGGCGUCGAAUCAGAGCACCGAGGCAGCAAGCUGUGCCAUAGCAAAGUUCUUAGAAAUCGAAAAUUGUGAGGAAUCGAGCAACGGUUGGAUGCUUUUAUCUACUCUCAAUCUCCUAGCGGCGGGGGAUGCGACCUUGGUGCAGGUCAUGUCCGAAGUUUCAGUACCCUCCACUUUAGUCAAAUGUUUGUAUUUAUUUUUUGAUUUACCUGAAAUGUCGGAACACGAAGCUAAUAGUAAAGAUUCCUCAAGCGAUUUCACUCCACGGGAAAGGAGGAUUCUGUUGCAAAAAAUUUUUGUUCAGUUGUUGGUGCGUUUGUGUAGUCAUCGAAUUCCAGCUGAAGAGUUGGCACGUAAAGACGACUUGACUCUUCUCUUCUCCGCCAUCACGUCGUGGUGUCCUCUUCAUAACGUCAUGUGGAGGAAAAGUGCCGCAGAAGUAUUAAUGACUUUGUCUAGACAUGGUCUUACUCCACCAGUUGUUGGUUAUAUUCAUUCUAAAGGCUGCGUAGCUUUAUGUAUAGAAAACAUGAAAAGAGUACCUGAACUAGCUCCUCUAGAAUUAGUAGAAAUGUUUGUAACUGUUUUUUGUUUUUUAAAAGACUCAAGUGAAGUAUCUUCGACUCUCUUAGAUGAUUUUAGACAAGCCCAAGGAUAUUUCUUUUUAUCAGACUUCCUAUUAAAAUGUUCUAGAUUGGAAAGCGAAAAAUCCAGCGAAGCGCAAGAAUCUAUCAGAAAUUUAGUGUUAAUGGUAACGUCUUUGUGUAUGUGCGGCUACAUUGAAUUGAAACCUUCGCAAGCGUCCACCGGAUCGUUGUUCCAAAUGCAAGGAUUUACUCUACCGCAGCCUUCAGGCAGGGGAACAAGUGUGAGGAAUAUUCAAGCAUUUCAUGUGUUGCAGAGCACGUUUCUCAAAUCUAAUUCUACUCUCUUAUGUUGUACAAUUUUAGACGCGAUUUCAAGUAUAUACCAUUCAGACAAUGCCAAUUAUUUUAUACUCGAAAACCAAAAUACCCUAAGUCAGUUUACUGAAAAAAUCCAUCAUAAGUCUGAAGAAAUUCAAGGAAAACUUUUCGAACUCAUCGAAUUUCUAGUGUUUCAACUAAAUUUCGUACCUUGCAAGGAGCUGAUUUCCAUGUCAAUUUUUCUAAAAACUCAUAGUCUAAAUCACGUAGAAUGUAGUAUAUUAUGUGUACAAACCCUGUUGAAUAUAUUGAAACACAACGUUAUAUUUAAAGAUGUUUAUCGUGAAGUUGGUAUGUUAGAAGUUUUCGUUACAUGUUUAAACCGAUAUGCUAAUUUUUUGAAAGAGAAAAAAAGCAAACAGGAUAACGGCAGAGAUUACGUUAUUCCACUUGGUCAAGAAAAAUUAGGCGGAUUAAUUGUUGAAGCCAUCACUUUAUUGUUGGCUGGAAAUACCGCUAAUGCUAACGUCUUGCGAGAAUGUGGAGGAGCGAAAUGUGUGCAGGAACUAGUCCAGCACGCCGAAUGUCGGUACGCAGCUUUAGGAAUAAUUAAAGAAUUGGUAUUAACGACUGGUGGUGAUGAUGAUAUGGCGCAGCUACUCAGUACAUUGCAUUCUGCUCCUAGAAUAGCCCUUCAGUUGAAAAUAGAUAUUCUGGAGGCUUUGAGACUAUGUCUCAAGGAAUCACAUAGGACACGAACCGUCUUUAGAAAAGUUAAUGGAUUUGUUUACGUAACUAGUGUAUUGGUAGCUUUAGAAAGCAAACUAAGUAAAAAAGAAACGAAUUCAGAAAUCUUAAUUCUUCUUCAGUUAGUUUUUCAAACGAUAUCAACUGCCAUGAGAUUCGAACCUGCCAAUGCAAAGUUCUUUUACCAUGAAAUAUGUAAAACUAGUCUUUGUGAUACUCUUAGAUUGUUAGGAUGUUUUACUUCAGAAAAAGUGGAAACUUUGGCAGAAUGUGACGUUGAAUCACCCUCUAAUGACCUGCAGGAUGUUUACCAUAAAUUAUUUAUUGGAUCAAUCACUAAUCCAGAACUGACUGAUGCUGUGUGCCCUUCAUUGUCUUACGCAACUCUAGUUUAUAGACUUCUCUACGACUUAGCUCUAGACCUUUUUGAUAAACCUAAUCUGAACACUGGCGUUUUAAUGAAGUCACCUUCCCUGUCAAGACAGACUUCCUCAGAACCUCAAAUAAACAACACCGCUGGGAAAAGAUCUAACGUCAACACUUUAAAUCUAAACCCACCGAUUCCCGACCCCAUAAUUGUGCAUCCAGGUGUUGUAGUAGCCAUGCUGCAGCUGUUACCUUGUAUUAAGGAUGAAAAAUUCGAAAUUGCCCUAGCUCUCCAGCUCUACAUUUCAGAAGUAAUCAAAUCCUUGGUCCGUAGCGAAAGAAACCAACAAGUUAUGUGUGACAAAGAAUUUGUUGGUUAUUUGCUUUCCAUAGGAUCUCUGCCCAUCCAAAAUGAAAACCACCCCUUACAUGGCCCUCUGCAAUACAUGUUGGAGCGUCUCGCUGCGCAAGCCUUAGAACCGACGGACCUCAGAAAUUUCCUCCGACUGGGAAGUCCCCUUUGCUGUUUACCUCUUGAAUCCAAAGAAGUGGGUGGAGGACCUGUACCUCUGACUCGGAUAAAAACUCUAGUUUCCAUGACGACACCAAAAGACUUCAGGGCACAGUCCUCGUAUACAUUACCUCCAUUCGUGGAAUUUGACAUGACAGCUGAAGGCUUUGGGUGUUUAUAUUUGCCAAGUAUUGCACCUCAGUCACCAGCGGCACCCAGUGUUGUUUCAACACUUGACAGCAGCGUACUCGGAGGAAUUGGAGCUGGUGAUCGGUUGUUUCCACCGCAGACGGGACUCAGCUAUUCCACUUGGAUUUGCGUUGAUAAGUUUUCGGAUCCAAGAACUGAUCCGCAUUGCGUACGGCUUUUGACCUUGGUGAGGAAUUUUAAUGGAGGGCGGGAAGAUCAUUUGGUUUGUUUGUCAGUUGUUUUGUCUGCGAGGGAUAAAGCAAUUAUUGUUUCAACUCAAGAAACGCAUAUUCCGAACCAUGUGGGUGAUUGGGAACCCGAGGGUUCUGGUGAACAUGGAGUGCGAGUCUGGUGCCCCGAUAUCCUUCAAGAGGGUCAGUGGCAUCACAUCGUUGUGGUUCUGAAUCGAGCAGUGUUAAAAAAUUCGUCUUUUGCUCUCUAUUUGGACGGCCAGCAAUUGCACGCUCAAAAGAUGCAUUACAUUUCUCAAAAUCCCGGUGGAGGUUCAGCAAACUUGACUGUGGCCUCGUCAGUUUACGGUUUCAUCGGCACACCCCCAGCCUGGAGAAGAUACUCUAGAUUAUGCUGGAAACAGGGACCAUGUCAUCUAUUCGAAGAAGUUUUAACGCCUGUAGUGGUGUCACAAAUGUUCCAGUUAGGACCACAUUAUAUGGGCUCAUUUCUCGCCCCCAGCUUGAACACAGCUGAAACCAUGCAGUUAGUUUCAGAAGAGAAAGUCGUUUUUGGUUUAAAUGCUAAAGCCGUUUCACAACUCACAUUAAAUAAAAUUCGGAAAGUUUAUAGUCGCACUGACAAUAAAUCAAUUGCCAAACAACUAGGAAUGUCCAGUCAUGAAAGUGCUACUCCGAUUCGAAUUCUUCAUAAUUCGGCAGGACAUCUAGCCGGAUCUGCCAGGAGUUUAGGGGGCGUUGUUAUAGGAUAUUUGGGUGUGAGAGUUUUUUGUCCAAGACCUGUAGCAACCACCAUUGAUACAGUUGGAGGGUGUUCUGUAUUGUUAGGACUUAUAGCGAUGGCACAGGACGUAGAAAGUUUAUAUGCGGGAGUGAAAGCUUUGGUUUGUGUUGUUCGAAGUAACAAAGUUGCUCAAGCUGAAAUGGACCGAAAGCGGGGUUAUCAGACACUGGCAAUGCUUUUAAGGCGUAAAAGGUCAUUACUGAAUUCACAUAUACUUCACUUAGCGUUCAGUCUUGUGGGGACUGUCGAUAGUGGUCGCGAAUCGUCUGCUAUACCUAACCGAACAGCUUUCCAAGAUUUAUUAUGCGACCUGGAGGUGUGGCAUGAAGCCCCCGGUGAGCUUUUACGUUCCCAUUUAGAGCACUUAUAUGAACUAGCUGCCGAGUCUAAUGAAAAACGUAACAACACUUGGAUAAUGAGAGAUUUACAGCUGGUAGAAAAAUUAUUGCAUAUAACUCCUGAAGUUCGACACCUUGCAACCCGUCAAGUGUUGUUUUCUCUGAUGUCCAUAUUACUUGGGGGGCAACCCCGUCAACCUGAUUUGCUUUUGUUUGGUCAGUUUGUAGCAGCCACUUUACCUGCAUCAUCAACAAUCAAUGAAAAGACUGUCAUUUUGAAAGAUGGAGAUAUAGAUAAAGAAUUUGAAGGCGAAAAUAUUUUAUUACGAAAUCGGUGUUUAGGUCUCAUACAUUCUAUGCUUUUCGCUCCUCGAAGUAUAGUUGGUGAGGAAAUUGCACGCACUUUGGGCUUUGAUUGGAUCUUGCUGUUUAUGCAACCACAUUUGCACUCAACCACUGUGGUGUGGGCAUUAAGGAUUCUUGUAGCUAUGUGUUCUAGCCAAUCUUUAAUGACGAAAUUUCGUGAAGGCAGUAGUAAUGGCGGAUGGUUACGUUAUAUUGAACAAGUCACCCACAAUAAAAUGGCGGUAGUCCUGGGUUAUCAAAUGAAUAGCUCCCAUGGUAACGAUACCAAAUCAGAAGCUCUUCACAUUCCUGGUUUUCAGUAUUUGGGAUGGCUUUUACCAGCCCAUUUAGAUGUAGCAGAAGUAUAUUUUCUAUUAACUGCUCUCAUAAUGGGCGUGCCUGUGAAAUUACCACCUGGUGAAACAAAGUUUGAUUUAGACACAAUAUGGACGUUUUUAUGGGGUAGUUCUAUUACCAAUCAACCAGCAACUAGUGUAGCUCCCAGAAUUUGUCUUUGUUCUGAAGCUGUAGUUGUAUUGUUAACGAUGGCACGAGCAAUGCUGCAUUCUAAUGAUGUUUCUAUACCUGAAUGGUUACAAAAUCAUACCAUAUCGAUCAUACAGGUUUUGUUUCAACUUUACCACAACAUGCCCGAUUUCAUGCCAAUUUUCAUGUCCUCCGAAGUUCUUGGCGCAUUAGCUGGAGUACUGUUCCCUCCUCCACUAAUUUCAUCCCUUGACAGUGCAGACAGUAGUGGCGCAUCGACUCCAGCUGGCGAAGAAGCAGAAUCCGUCAUCAUCGUUCCAAGAACUCCAGUUGAAGAAGACCCUCUUACUACCCAUCCAGCGCGACAAUUUAUCAUAGACUUUAUCCGUGUUAUCGUUGUCGACUCUUUGAGUUUAUCUAUCACUGGUAAAUCUUCCCCUGUUAUCGAUUUAGUUUUGGAUGCUUACCCCGAAAAUUCCACUUCGUCGCAACAAGUCUGUUACCAAACUGAGAUUUUGGUUACUCUAAUGGAUCACCUUCUCGCUGCAGACAUGUUGGUUGGUGAUCAAGCCGCAAUCCCCGUUGUUCCACUAACCAACGCCCACAUCCAACAUGUGACUCCAAAUGUGUUCUACCUUACAGCAAGAAUCGUGGAUAAGCUGUGGCAAGGUUCGCUGACAAAGGAUCCACAUGAAGUCUUCGAUUUCAUUGUUAAACUUAUCGGACAAGCGAAACGUCGAACCGGAAAUUUGUCUCUCGAGUGUUUAUAUCAUUGCCUCAAUAGAAGCAUUCUUUUCUUACUAUCGCGAUCCACAGACACCAUCGCGGACCAGAUGUCCGUUCUCGAAGCUCUGCACAAAUUAACAACCAACAGGUUAAUAGUCUUUGGAGCCGGAAACCAUGAAUUAGAUUUCAUUGGGUGUCUUACAUAUUGUCUUCUCCAGUUAACAGCAGACAUGAAAGUAAUGCUUGAAUCGAACAUACGAACCACCUGGCAUGUCAACCCUAGCAGCGAUCUAGAGUCACGUGACGAACACUUGAACGCACAUCAGGGACGUAAUUUAAUGGCCGGAGCGGCAUUACGAGUUUGGGAGGAGUUGUAUGUAUGUAAGAAACCAGCGAUCGAAGAAGUUUUUAAAGUUACGUUGGCACUUCCUUGCCAGAAUGCGAAAGCUCCGGAUUUAAUGAUAGUACGAGAACAAGUAUUUGAAGCAGCAUCCAAAUUAUGGCUUAAUUAUGUUGAUGCUGAAAGGAAAGCCACCUAUCGAGUUCCUUGGGAGUUUCAUAAUCAGAUACAAUCAAAAAUUCAUAAAGUUACUGGUGGAUUGACCAGAUUAGCGAGUAGGACAAAGGUUCGCAAAGAUGAUACAAUGAGAGUAAAGAUUAGAAUGAGUAAAAAACAGGCAUUUGUAUGGAUGAUCAAUCAUGUCAACCUUUUAAAAGACUUUGUGGAAAUGAGGCGACAACAACACCAAAACACUACUCAACAUACUCAGCGCUAUGUGCAUCAGGAAUGGUUACAAACUGAGAACGAACUAACAAGAGAAAGAGGAUUGUGGGGACCUCCAGAACCAUGCUAUUUAGACAAAUGGAUGUUGGACAUGACAGAAGGUCCUCAUAGAAUGCGCAAGAAGACAAUGAGAAAUGACUUGUUUUACUUGCAUUAUCCCUAUCGUCCAGACCACGAGAGAGGAAUGCUAAAAUACAAAGUUGCGACAAGUCAUCACAGCAAAAUUUAUUAUCAAGCGGUUCAAAUGCGGCAACAUCACGGUGUUACGGGGUUAACUGAACCGGAACGGGCUGAUAGUAUUGUUGAAGAACCCUCUCCUCUCCCACUGACUCCGCUUCCACCUCUCGCUAGACUUAAAUCUGAUCCAGACGAUCAACAAGAGGAAAAUGAUGUGGAGGAGGAACCUUCUCCGCCUCCAGAUAACCAAACGUUAAUGCGACUAUUGGAAGAAAAUGAGAAGAUUUCACAUAUGUUUAGAUGUGCACGGAUUCAAGGAUUGGACACAACAGAAGGUUUACUGCUAUUUGGACAAGAACACUGCUACGUGGUUGAUGGCUUCACGUUAUUGAAAAAUCGAGAAAUUAGGGAUAUAGAAAGUGUGCCUAACAAUACCAACGAAUAUGAACCGAUAUUACCAAAUCCAGGAUCCCCUAGGAGGUCAAGGGCUAUGAGACAGUGCUCCAAGUUUUCUUAUGAAGAUAUCAGGGAAGUUCAUAAACGAAGAUACCUUCUGCAACCAAUGGCAUUGGAAGUAUUUUCUGGAGAUGGUCGCAACUAUUUACUGGCUUUUCCACGAAAAGUUCGUAACAAAGUAUACCAAAGAUUCAUGGCAAUGGCUACGGGUAUUGCCGACAGCGCGCAACAAUCCGUGGCUGGUCAAAGACGAACAGCUAACGUCGAACAAGCCACAAGUCUACUAAGUAACCUUAUUGGCGAAACCAGCGUAACCCAAAGAUGGGUGCGAGGCGAAAUCUCCAACUUCCAAUAUCUCAUGCAUUUAAAUACAUUAGCUGGGAGAUCCUAUAAUGAUCUCAUGCAGUAUCCAGUUUUCCCUUGGAUACUUGCGGACUAUGACUCUGAAGAAUUAGACCUAUCUCAUCCUGCCAGUUUUCGCGACUUCACCAAACCAAUGGGUGCACAAAGUCCGGAACGUUUGGAACAAUUCCGAAAACGAUUUAAGGAAUGGGAUGACCCUCACGGAGAGACUCCUCCUUACCAUUACGGUACUCAUUAUUCCAGUGCUAUGAUUGUUUGCUCGUAUCUAGUUCGUACAGAGCCUUUUACUCAACAUUUUCUUCGACUCCAAGGCGGCCAUUUUGAUCUCGCUGACCGUAUGUUUCACUCAGUCAAAGAAGCAUGGUUGUCUGCUUCUAAGCAUAACAUGGCUGAUGUGAAAGAGCUAAUACCGGAGUUCUUUUACCUCCCAGAAUUUCUGGAAAACUUAAAUCAGUUCGAUUUGGGUGCUAAGCAGAGUGGAGUAGCUCUGGGAGAUGUAGUGCUUCCGCCGUGGGCUAAACAAGAUCCUCGGGAGUUUAUUAGAGUACAUAGGAUGGCGCUGGAGUGUGAUUUCGUCUCUCAAAAUCUGCAUCAUUGGAUAGAUCUGAUUUUUGGGUAUAAACAGCAAGGACAACCGGCGAUUGAUGCUGUCAAUGUCUUCCACCAUUUAUUUUAUGAAGGAAAUGUCGACAUUUAUAAUAUCGACGAUCCAUUGAAGAAGAAUGCGACGAUCGGAUUUAUUAACAAUUUUGGGCAAAUUCCCAAACAACUGUUUAAAAAACCACACCCUUGUAAAAAGAUGGGUGGUAAUAAUAACAGAACGUCGGUUAUUGAUACUGGUGCACUUGUGCAAGCGUUUACUUUGCCUCAACCUGAGAAACUCUUUUUUCAUCAUUUGGAUAAUUUACGACCGUCGUUGCAACCGAUUAAAGAAGUGAAAAGUCCAGUUGGUCAAAUUCUCCACGUUGACAAAUCCGUGUUGGCCGUUGAGCAAAACAAAGUUCUCAUUCCUAGUCUCUUCAACAAAUACGUAGCCUGGGGCUUUGCUGACCACUCCUUGAGGAUCGGAAAUUACGACAGCGACAAAGCUGUUUUUGUUUCUGAAAGCGUAGUUCAAAACAACGGUGAAAUUUUAGCUUGCGUUUGUCCAUCUUCAAAACUAAUAGUAACAGCAGGGACUAGUUCUGUAGUCACCAUUUGGGAAUACGAGGCGAGAAAAAAGUCCCUUAACAUAAAACACAAUUUGUAUGCACAUACGGACGCUGUAACGUGCCUGGCGGCCAGUCCUGCCUACAAUGUCAUUGUUUCCGGAUCCAGAGAUUGCACUGCCAUAAUUUGGGAUUUAUCACGUGGAAUUUUCGUAAGACAGUUACGAGGACACGCUGGUCCGAUAGCUGCGGUAGCUGUAAAUGAUCUCACUGGCGAUAUAGCCACCUGUGCUGCAACGUGGUUGCAUGUGUGGAGUAUUAAUGGAGACGAAUUAGCUAGCGUGAAUACGUGUGUAGGACGAGCUGAUCGCAUGCAGCAGAUUUUAUGUGUAGCUUUUUCACAAACGCACGAAUGGGAUCCGCUGAAUGUUAUUAUGACGGGAUCAACAGAUGGUGUUACAAGGAUGUGGUCUAUUGAUUACGUUCAAGUACCCGACGAUACCAAUCCUCAAAAAGAAGAAUGCAAACAAUAUCAAAGUCCCGUUAAACCUACCCCUAUCCAUCAUCGUCUAGUAAAACAAAUUAAUGUUUCAAACGAUAGCUCCUUGAGCCUGAUGAAAUCAGGUUCAGAAAGCAGUCUUUCAGAAGACAAUAAUACCAGAAGAUCGUCCAUUGAUCGACAACGUUCAGGGGAAGGAAGCUGCAAGGAGUGGAGAAGUGAACAACAGAACGAGAAAGAAACUUGCAGCGAUACGGAGGAACCUUCGCCACCUAUUCCUGUGAGACGAAGAAGAUCGAGAGUUCAUGGGGGAUUUAGAAAAAGUGAAGGUGGCAACAGUGCUGAUAAUGCUAGUCUCGAUGUAGACGAUGGUACAAGCAUGAGAACUAGCAAAUCUGAUACUAGUCUUACUGAUUCAUUUGUGAUGGUUCCUGAAGGCAGAAAGCGUAAUGUCAAUCCGAUGAAUAUUCUUCGACCAGGAUUCAAAUGGCAAAGGCAGUUAGUCUUUAGAAGUAAACUGACAAUGCAUACGGCAUACGAUAGGAAAGACAACGCAGAGCCGGCUUCAGUUACAGCAUUAGCUGUCUCAAAGGAUCACCGAACUGUGUAUGUUGGCGAUACGAGAGGUAGAGUAUUUUCAUGGAGCGUAUGUGACGUGCCAGGUAGGGCUGCUGAUCACUGGCUUAAAGAUGAAGGGGCUGAUUUCUGUGCAUCAUGUAACAUUCGAUUCACUAUAUACGAAAGAAAACACCACUGCAGAAACUGUGGCCAAGUAUUUUGUUCCAAAUGUAGCAGAUUUGAAAGUGAGAUAUCCAGACUUCGCAUUUUAAAGCCAGUCAGGGUUUGUCAAACGUGCUACGCCACAUUGAAGUCAGAAAAGUAAGAUUUUAAAAUUGAUUUCGUAAAAUAUAUUAGCCCAUAUUAGAUAAAUCAUUUAUGAAGUGUAUAGAUUUAUGUAAGUUUAGUAUAUGAAGUUGAUAUUGGUAGUGUUUUGUGAUUGAUUUUAUUAUUGUUUUUAAAAUUGAUAUAUUUAUAUUGUUUUUAUUUAUGAGUUUUAUUGGUUUUUAGUGAGUUAGGUAUUUUAUAUGUUUUUAAUGUUUAUCUGGUUUUUGUUAUGAUGAUUUGUGAUAUUACAGAUUUAAUUGUUUGUCAAUCGUUGUAAGUAUUUUUGUGAAUAUAAAUGUCUCGUUUGCUUAGCUGAGAGUAUUAAUUUAAUGCAAAGCAAUAUGUAUUUAGAACAAUAAUAUCUGUUGCCUGGUAUACAUUAAAUGUUGAUUUUAUGAAAUUUGUGUACAAUAACAUAUAACAUAGUAUUAGCGCAAUUCCGUGCGGAAAAGAUGAGAAACUUCAUUAUUAUUGAUAUUAUUUUUGUAUUAAACAAAGGACCGAAUUUGUUAGACAGUAGGUAUAAAAGGUGUGCACUGGCAUCUGUAGACAAUAUACAUGUGCACUAUUGUGCAUUCCAAAGUAUAUUUCCUUAUAUUUGAUAAAUGUAUGUGAUAUUGUAGAUUCUAUAGAUUUAGUAAAAUUGUAAAUAUGCCAUGUCUUGAUUUCAUAUUAUAAACAAUAAAAGUAAACAAGUAUAAAACAUAUUAA